CCCAUCCUCUGCAGGUUUUUUAUCGGGCGGACCACGACGCAAAUCGCAAUCUCACCAACUCGCCAUGCCCAAGUUCACGGCAACCCGCAUCAACGAAGAAGUCGACAUCCGACUCACGGAAGAGAACAAAGUGUUUGCCCCGACCACCCUCGUCCACGUCCUGACUGCGACGGCGGCCAAGUACGCGACGCAACAAGCAUUGCACUACAAGAAGAAUGGCGUGUGGCAAGCGUACACGUGGGCAGAGUACCACAAGUUCAACCUUCGCUUCGCCAAAGCGUUGCGCCACGUUGGCUUUGAGCAAUUCGACACGGUGUCGAUCUCGGGCUUCAAUGCCCCUCCAUGGUUCUUUGCGUAUAUGGGAGGGUUGUAUCUGGGAGGUGCCGCCACGGGCAUUUACACGACCAACAACGCAGCGACAUGCCAAUACGUGCUAUCCAACUCGAACGCCAAGGUGCUUGUGUGUGACGACGAUGCGCAAUUGAAGAAAUUCAUCUCCAUUGCGGACCAACUCCCAAACCUCAAGGCCAUCGUUGCAUGGAAGGCUGAUCUAGAGGCGUCCGGCGCCGCCUCGUCGGCCGUGCCUGUGUACUCAUUCGAGUCGUUCUUGGAGCUCGGUCAAGACGUGCCGGACGAGGCGAUUACCGAUAACUUUGACAAGAUCCACCCUGGUCAUUGCGCAUCGCUCAUAUACACGUCGGGCACGACGGGCAACCCGAAGGGCGUGAUGCUCUCCCACGAUAACUGCACGUUUACGACGGCAGCCGUGAACUCUGCGUUUCCUGGUGGCGCGGGCUAUUUUAACAGUACCGAGCGCCUCGUGAGCUUUCUCCCGCUUUCGCACAUCGCCGGACAACUGCUCGACAUUGGGCAGCAAGCGUACUACGGUUUUCACAUCUACUUUGCCGAACCGGAUGCGUUGAAGGGCUCGUUGGGCAUGACCCUCAAGGAAGUCCGUCCGACGUACCUCUUGUCGGUGCCGCGCGUGUGGGAAAAGAUUUUUGAAAAGAUGUCGGACGUCGGGCGGUCGACGACGGGCCUCAAGAAGGCGAUCGCGACGUGGGCCAAGUCGGUCGGAGCGGAAAAGUCCCGCCUGAACGAGUACGGCAACGGCGGCGGCGUCCCAUGCGGGUUCUUCCUCGCGAACGCGCUCGUGUUGUCCAAAGUUAAGCACGCUCUCGGAUUGGACCAGUGCAAGGCGUUUUACUCUGGCGCGGCGCCGUUGACGCCCGAAGUCGUCGCGUACUUUGCAUCGCUCGACAUGCCGCUCUUUGAAGCGAUGGGGCUUAGUGAAACCACGGGCAUUGCCUUUUACAACUACGCGGAUCGCUGGAAGCCCAACUCGAUCGGACCUGCCGUCGUCACCACCGACGCGCGCGUGAACCCCGACACGAACGAGCUGCAGGUCCGCGGCCGCCACGUCAUGAUGGGGUACUUGAACAACGACGAACAGACGAACGCCGCGAUCGACGCGGACGGGUGGCUCUCGACCGGCGACUGCGCCCGCUUCGACGACGAUGGGUUCGGAUACAUCACGGGUCGCAUCAAGGAAUUGAUCAUCACGGCCGGUGGCGAGAACGUCCCGCCAGUGCUGCUCGAGAGCGCCAUCAAGGAGGAACUGCCCGUCGUUGGGCAUGCCAUGGCCAUUGGCGACAAACGCAAGUUCCUCACGGCGCUCUUGACCCUCCAUGUCGUCAUGGACGACCAGGGGGCCCCCACGUCGACCUUGGACGGCUCAGUCGUGCGCAUUUUGUCGCAGCUCGGAUCGACCGCGACAACGACUGCCGAAGCGUACGAGGACCCGGUUGUCCUCAAGUACAUCGAUGAAGGGUUGAAGCGCGCCAACAACAAGGCCGCGUCGCGCGCCCAGUGGAUCCAAAAGUACAAGUUCGUGCCCGACUUCAGCGUCUGCAACGGCGAGCUCACCCCCACCCUCAAGAUCAAGCGCGCGGUCGUGGCCAAGCAAUACGCCGACCUGAUUGAUGCGCUCUAUGUCUAAGACGUCCACGAGAGAACAACAAUGCGACUGUUCGUGCAUGUAGUGUUUGAGUUGAAGAGCUUUUUUGACAACCAACCAUGCACAUCGCUGGCAACAGCUAGGUAGCUGAUGCCGUUGGCUCCCCCUGUUCUGCCACGAGCGUCGCCACACUCAACCAAAGCACCUAGACUUUUACGGGAAUUCCGCCGCGAAUCGCAGUGGGACCAAGCGGUCGCACGUCGGUCUAACAGCUAGCAGGAGACGACUACUUCUCGGCUGAAGCUUCCCAGGGACACCACCGAAUUUGCCGCUUCCCUUCAGCAUGGGCACAUGCUGUGCUCCCAUGGAGACUAGCGAAAUGGAUGCAACUUGUUUUAAAUAUCGUUUUAAACAACCUUGGAAUAGAAUG